CGGAAGUGUUGCUCAUUGGCCUGUCAACUAAAUGCGCCAGUUCGAACUACCAGUAUUUUUAACUAAGGCUACUAAGACGUGUUUAGACACAUCUCGCUGUCAUAAUGAUGUAAAUGGACUUUGAUGUUGGGCUGUAAUCAAACAAUGUGGUUAUAUAAUAAGUGAAAACAUUAAAUAAAUAAAUAAAAGGUGUCCCAGAUAAUAUUAUGGAUUCGGCUGUGGCGGAUUCAGUAACGAUGGUGGCAAGCAGUCCGGUUCAUGGAAGUCCCAACAACGGCUCGACUCAAGCCAGGUUCUGCAACCCCAUGCAGAGCCUCAAGUCUGAUGUUUACUUGCGACAUGUUUUGUCCAGCCCAUGCAGCAAAGGGUAUUCGGGUACUCCCAUGUUGUCGAUGCAGCAUUCAUCGGCGAACAGUCCAGUAUUCAAGACUCCCAUCCGAAGUGCCCCACUGUCGAAUCCGAAAACUCCAAAGUGCAGCAGGCACCAUCACGUGGAGUGUGUGUACACCACGCCACAUGGCAUGGUUGUCAAUCCGUUCGACACCAACGAAAGACUGCACUUGCCGUCAUGCAGCCCCGGCUUAUUCACUGUGACAUCAACUCCGGGCAGCGACGAUGGGGGUACCUUUCGGUGGAACAUUGAACAUAUUGCAGCUUUGAACCCAGCAGACAUAGAUGAAAUGCCUUUCUAUCAGGAUAAUGUGCCAAAACACUUUGACUGCGAUAUAGAGGAGAGAGCACAAAGAGCUAUAGAGAACUACUUUGCCAAUCAUCUCAUUGCCCCGUCGCCAUGGAGUGAUGGCAAGAAGAAGUACUGCCCACCCACGACUCCGGGAUCAGAGAACCGUUAUAAACGUCCAGAAAACAUGUGUCCCGAGGACCUUCAAGGCUCCAUACAGAAAGAGCUGGUCAAGAAAAGACUUACUCAAGAUGUUUCUUGUCAAACCACGCUGACCCUUCCCAUGAACUUUGACUUGCAAAGUAUUCUAGGGGAAUUUAUGACCUUCGAUAAGCAAGAAGAAUCGAUAAGCCAAGCUGAUCUAAGUUCGUCGUCACUUCGACGCAAGUUGUUUUUCCAAGGAGAUACAAGCUCAAUUGUUAGUCCUGUCAAGGUGUGUCAGACGCAGUCACCUUUCUGUGUGACGUCACCACAAGUAUCUCCUGCUGGAUCACGUCAGGCCACACCGGAGUGGGAAGGCCAAACUCCAUACAAAACACCUAACUCGGGUCAUUUUUCAUCCAGUCCGAUUCGUGAUUCCAAAGAACAGACAAAAUAUUUUCAUCGUUCUUCCGAGACAGAUCUUCUAGCUUCACCAGAGUUAUCACCGAUUAGUAAAAAACACACAGAAAGUAAAAUAUCAAAUUCUUCCAGAAAAGGCGAUCCAAUAAUAAAAUUCAGCUUGAGUCCUGUUGGUCAGAAUCUGUUUUCCAGUCAGCCAGUGGAUGACAUGCAUUUGUUACCUAGUCCUAAGAUGUCGCCAAUUCAGCACAGCGGGCAUAUCGAAGACUUGGGAUCUUCAUUUCUACAAGAUAACAACCAAGAUUACUCUGCAGAUAAAUCGACCCCUGUGGCUUUCAACGAUCGUGAAUAUCCAAGUCCAACACUGUCGCCUCAACCGUUUGUGUUGAUGGAGGCGCUGUUGAACCAUUCUUCCAUCUCGGCCGUUGAUGCAGAGAAACCCAUGAAACUCGACUUAUACCACGACUUGAUGUACCGUUCCAGCGACGAGACAUUCAGUGGCAGGGAUUCCAUCACAGACAUGGAGAUAAACGACCACACAGCGCACCAUCCCAGCUCCACCACGCAGGACACGGGAUACCAGACAGGAAGCCUGCAGCUGACCAGCGGCGAAAUGGGGCUGCACAGUAACCUGACCAACCAGUUCGGUUCUCUGCCCUUUAAGAGUGAGAGCAGUUUGAAUUCCACGGAGAGUGCCUCAUCGGCAUCCAAGUGUAUUCCGAGGGUGUGUCUGCAUUUCACGGAUGAGAUGGAGUCGGGAGGGGAGAACGACAAAUGUCCACAGAGCAACGUCAGUGCUGACUCUGGGAUGUCGGAAGACAAUGUGUUGGAGAGAGCUCGGCGUGUAUUGGCUCAGGCAAACGCACUUUGUCCCUCGUCUUCGACAGGAGAGUUCAAUAUUAACCAGUCAAACGUGUCGUCUCUCGAGCCCAUUGGGUCCUCCACACCCACUAAGAACAUCAUGCUCCAGUUGGAGGAACAAGUGGACGCUGUUGAUAAAAAACGCAAAACGCUCUGUGAUCGUGGGGCACAGUUAGCAAGUGAUGUGGCUCUGGAGAUAUUAAAACGUGCAGGAAGUGACCUAGCAAAGUACGGCAGUCUUCAAAGUGACCAGCAGACUGGAUCGUAACACUGUUAUGUGUUAAAUAUUUUGUCUGCAUAAAGGAACUAGGGCCAAUUUCAGAAAGCAUCAUAAACAUAAAUCUAUGACUAAACGACAGUUCGUAUUACUACUAACAGUACAACUAAUAUACAUAUUUCAUUUUCCUUUGUCCUUACAAUGCUCCAUCUUCGUUAAUUUCUCGCUCCAGCCAGUGCACCACAACUGAUACAUAAAUGGCCGUGGUAUGUGCUAUCCUGUGUAUGGGAUGGUGCAUAUAAAAGAUCUCUUGAGGUUAAUCGAAAAAAGUAGCCCAUGA